CUACAGCAGCAGCAGCCAUGGCAGUCGCAGCGUGGGACAACCUCGAAAAGCAGCACCAGCUCAUCAUCGCCGCCGUCCUCGGCCUCGCCCUCGCCGCCGUCGCCUUCCUCCAGCUCCAGCCCUCAAACAAGCCCGCACUCGACCCCAAGCAGUGGCAGCGCUUCAAGCUCAUCGACAAGAUCGUCCUCUCGCCCAACACGGCCAUCUACCGCUUCGCGCUCCCCAAGGGCACCGUCCUCGGCCUCCCCAUCGGCCAGCACGUCUCCGUGUCUGCCACGAUCGGUGGCAAGCUCGUGCAGCGCUCCUACACGCCCACCUCGAGCGACGACGACGUCGGCUUCUUUGACCUCCUCAUCAAGAGCUACCCGACGGGCAACAUCUCGAAGCACGUUGGCGAGCUCAAGGUCGGCGACUAUGUCGACAUCAAGGGCCCCAAGGGCCAGAUGCGCUACUCGCCCGCCUAUGCCAAGAACAUCGGCAUGAUUGCUGGCGGCACCGGCAUCACGCCCAUGCUCCAAAUCAUCCGGGCCGCGAUCAAGAACCCGCAGGACCAGACCAAGCUGUCGCUCAUCUACGCCAACGUCGCCGAGUCGGACAUCCUCCUCAAGAGCGAGCUCGACUCGCUCGCGGCCAAGCACCCGGACCAGUUCAAGGUCUACUACGUCCUCAACAACCCGCCCGAGGGCUGGAAGGGCGGCGUCGGCUUCGUCACCAAGGAGAUGAUCGAGGAGCACCUGCCCGUCCACGCGCCCGACCACAAGGCCCUCCUCUGCGGUCCUCCCCCGAUGAUCACGGCCAUGACCAAGGCGCUCGAGAGCCUCAACUGGCCCGCACCUCGCGCCGUCAGCAAGAUGGAGGACAGCAUCUUCAAGUUCUAGAGGGGUCGAGUCGUAUGUGCUGGUCGCCGCUGCGGCGAGAGCGUCGGCAGGAGACGAAAGGUAGAGGGGUAUCGGCAUGAGCAGUACGAGGCUGCGUCUGGGUCGGUGAAACGGUGGACGGCUCCGGCAACCGGUCGAGCGCCUCUUGGCCGAAAGUGCCUCUCGUUGUCGAGGAGCGGACUCCGUGUCGGGCGCAUCUCGCAAUUCAGUGUCAGUUCCUCAGCGAAC